GUGUCCAAAAUAAACAACGUGGCACACUGCAGACGACGUAGUUGGCUUGAAAUCUAACCUCUUCGACAUUUGUACGAAAUUGGCGAUAUUUAAAUGAGUAAUUAUAUCAGCGUGCUGAAAACGAUUAAUUCAAGUUGAUGACAACCACAAAUUGAGUCUGUGAAGUUGAAAGAUUCGAAGUUUCCCGUCAAAAUGGCGAGCAUUUUGCAAACUGUCAAGAGUUGCGUUUGGAAGAAACCUGUAUCUGAGCAAGUUGAGAUUGUCACUGAUGUCAAUGAUAUGAAAGAUGAUGGAGAUCAAUCUAAACAGGAGGUAGUGCACAAUGAUGUCAAAGAAAAUGAGUCCCCGAACUACGAUGUAGACAAAAAGACAGAUGAGAUGUCGGACCCAAAGGCUCAAGGAAAUCUUAUCUGGAGGAUGUCCUCUGGUAUUUACAGCACAGCUACAGGAGCAGUGGGCAUGGGAAUUGGGGGUGCCAAGUGGGUCGCUAACAAGAGUUACGACGUGGGAUCCUCAGCAGCAGGCUACGUCAAAGUUCCCAAAUUGGCAACGUUUAAGAAAAAAGAUAAAAAGGAAUGACAGGCAAGAGAUCUACACUAGGUUGUGUUCAAACUUUACAUACUGAACUUACAAUACUAGGUUAUUAAUGUCAUAUUUUUCUUCAGGUUUUGUGAUUGUCUCUAUUUUGGACGCAAAAUGAUAUUCAAAUUUGUGUAUUGUUGAUUUCACCUAAAAUAUGCAAUUAGUAUUUGGAUGCUUUUAUGAUUUGUUUGAGAAAUCAAUUACACUAUUUUGAAAAAUUUAUGAAGUUGAGAUAAUGCCAUCAGAUUUCAACCAUCAAAAUGUAUUGAUAAAGAUGACAGAAAGAUUACCCCAUGUUUUUAUUAUGGUCACUAGUUAUUAUGUAAAUAAUGUAUGCAAUAGAGUAGCUAUCUUUGAGAUUGUUUCAUGAAAUCAAACUUUAUUCUUAAGUCAUUAGAUUAUUUCUACAGGUACAGUUUGCUUUAUGUUACAUGUACUGGAAAAUGUAUCACCUUGGAAGUUGCACAUUUAAAUGUCCUCAAAGUUGACAUUAGAUUACUGUAACAACCUGUGUGAUUUAAUUUGCCUACCAAUGUUAUCUUUGCAGCAAUGUCCAAAGGGCCUGAAAAUUAACCUUAAAGCUUAAACAUUCAAAAUGUCAUAAUUCAAUAUGUCCUAUCAAAUGUUCAUUGACACAAGUUGAAAUUACGUGAUUGGCAUCUCCCACAUACAGAGAUUAUUUGAAACACAUACAGUGUUUUGUAAAAUAAGACAGUGUUUUGUAAAAUAAGAGGGAAAAUGAACUUGUAGCAGCUGUCAAGUCUGAGGUCAAGGAAGGACUGUUAUCAGGUUCCAAGGCAAAUAAAUAACAAUGUGAUAAAUACUGUAGUUAAAUUGCCUUAAUUAUUUAUUAUCACCAUUGUUAUUUAUAACAAUGCCUUAAAACAGUGUAUAAUAAUUCUUUAUUCUGCCAAGUUUGGAAAAAAUAAAUAAUUUUCUUAUGCCUAGUUUUUUAUAGCUGAAUACCAAAAAUUGCUUGAUUUUCCAAAAAAUUAAGACAUUACAAUGAGUUCAAUUCACUCAGAAAAUAGUUCAGAAUACAUGGAACACAUAAAUGGAAAAUCUCUUUCACAUAAUCUUAAUCAGCCAUCCAAUUCAUUUUAAGUCUGUUACUGUUGUUUUUUUUAUCCAGAACUGGUUUGACUACUCCUUAUGAGCAACAAAAAAUGACACAGUGUUACUUUUAACAUGUUUUGUUAUAUUUCUUCUAAAUUUCAAUAUUUAUCGAUACUUGAUAGAAAUAAUAUUAUAUAUCAUUGACAAAAGAUAUUAUGAUGAAAUCGGAGAUUGUCGCGCACCACUAAUAUGUUGCAUUUGGUUGCUACUAUGCCAAAAUAGUCUUCAUUGUAGAAGGUUAACAUUACCGGUAUUGUUCAUAGGGCAGUGCAAUGAGUGCAUUACCUAAUGAAACCUGUCAAAUUGCUUAACCUUGAUUUAUUGAAUUUAUUGGGCAUUGUAGGUCUAUUUUUAUAUGGCAAAAACUACUAUAAAAGCAAUGUUUAUUUCUUACCUGUGUUGUGCCAUAUUAUACUUUUUUGUUGGUAUUCAUUCUUUAAUAUAAAGCAAUAUGUUUAACAGGGAAAGUGAAAUAAGGAAUGUACUAUAUUACAAUAUACAGUCUCAGAGUGUGACCCAUAAGAUGUAUCUUUACAUAAGAAAAUUGUAUUUAAGGAAAAAUUAUUUCUAUAAUUUGAUUAUAUUAAUUAUAGGAUACGUUUUCCUACUGAUUAUUAACUUGCACCUUAGCACUCCUGCUAAAUUAGAAAAUGCCUGCAAUUUAAAAAAAAACCACCAUAAACAUUUAAAUCAAUGCUACCUGUGUUUGCACACAAUUUCUGUAAGGAUGUUUGAAUCGAUUUUAUCAAAAAUUGAUAUGGAACAGUUUGGAAAAAAAGAAUGUCCUUGUUAUGUAUACUUGUUGAUAAAAAUCACAUUUGACAAAUAAAUUCAAAAAUGUUUUAUCUAACAGGGCAGGAAAUAUAAAAUAAUUCAAUCAACUUCAGUUCUGUUGAUAUGACAAUCGUUUGAAAAUUGUUUCCUGUCACAGUUUAGUCCUUUCACCACUGUAGACUAUCAUGGACUCAUCCAGAUGAAUGUAUAGUAGAGUCUACUCAAGUUACCUAGGGGUGAAAGGUUUAGUUAUGAAUGUGAAGAAGACAGAUGUUAAUUUAUGGGAUUAACCACAUGACUGGGAACAAGUACAGAUGUGCUUUUAGAUAGAUUGCUACCACGAUAGCUCACAAUUUGUCAUCAUCAAUGUUCUUAAUCGUAAAGUUUUAGAAGUACCAUAUCGUAAAAAUUCCCCAUAGAUGAGGAUGUUUUAUAGAGCAGACAUAUUUUUGUAUUGCCACAAUUGCCAAGCUUUCAAAUUUUUCAGAAAAUAGAUGCCCAAAUUAUGUGGUAAAUUCUAUGUAAAAAAUUACAAAUAAUGACACAUAUUUGACAAAAUAUUAGUGUUUAGGAAUUUGUCAAUAAACUUGUAUAUGGUAACCAUUAUUACAGUAUUUUUUGUAAACAUUCUAAUUUCAUUUCUCAAAUAAUUUAUAAGACUUUAUAUAGCCAUAACUACAUUAUUUACAUCCAUGAGCUAUAUUUUAUAUUAAAAUUCAGAGCCUAAAUGUACAUAUGCUGGGACCACAAAUUGAAACACUGUAUGUGGGCCAAAACAUUCCUCAUACAUUUAGCAACAUUGAAAUUUCUUUAAAUAUUCAUCAGACAAUGCAAACAGCUCAUUAGAAUUUGGUUUGGGUACAUAACAUGCAAUAUAUUAUCUAUACAUAUCCAAGACUUUCAAAUUAAAAGAACCAUAUUUGUUCAAGUUAGAAUUACAUUUAUUGUCGUUAAUUGUAAAUACAACUGUAUAAGGAUUUGUGGGGACAUCACUGACCAGCUAUUUUUAUUGCAUGAUAAUUAACUCAAAGUGAAUGCAUGUAUACAAAAUAAGAUAUCAUAAUUAAAAACUGUGUGAGUUUUUGAAGUAUCAACUACAUCAUGCCAAUUAAUGUAACCACAUUUUGUCAAACCAUUUCCAUCCAGAGCGACCUACACAUUCAUUACGAUGACAUGUAAUUCAGUGUAAGACGGUGGAUGUCUGUAGAAAUUCAUUACGAUGACAUGUAAUUAAGUGUAAGACGGUGGAUGUCUGUAGAAAUUCAUUACGAUGACAUGUAAUUAAGUGUAAGACAGUGGAUGUCUGUAGAAAAUGUUUUGAACUUUUGCUUCCGGUGCUUUUUGUGUUUUAAUAGAAUUGUAUUAAAGUUCACUUUGAAUACUAGUACAGUAAGCGAUGGAUCAGUAACAGACAUGUACAAUGAAAUAGUUUUAUGAGAAUUGACAUAUACAACAUGUACACCAACAGAUGUCUAUUUAGUACCUUAAGUACACACAGUUCUAUAUUAACCUGCAAUACAUGUACCUGCAUAUGUAUUGUACAUGUGAUUGUUUAUCAUGUCCUUGUAGAUUUUGUAAAUAUUUCAAGAUGGAAUCAGGUGUCUCUGAGGAUGGUCGUGUACAGGAACAUGUGUAUGUUAGUUCAUGUUGGUUAGGCGCUGUAUCUAAUUCCAUGCUGGCGUGUUUCUGUAAUAGUAUGGACAUUAUUGAUAUGUACUUGUGCACAGUGCUACGCAACUGAUGAGAUUAAACUGGGUUUAAGUAGUGCAACAUAUAUACUUGUACCUGGUGUAUAUAUGUAACUAUAGGACGUUUUUUGGAUGUUCUGCAUAAUUUCAUGUAUUUUUCUGAUUUAAAUGUCAUUGUAUAUUGUUUUUGUGUAAAUAACCAUAACAAAGUACUGUACAUGUAUAUUUUUUCAAAUUUCAUGUUGUGAUACAUGGCCUUACUAUAAAGUGUAUCUGUUUAACACGUGCAUCUAGUCUUUGAUUACUGCAAGCGCUAAGUUUUUUGAAAUGUAACCUUUCAUAUUAUCAGGUCAGCUAUAAAUAGCUUUAACUAACAGCUAGAACAUUUGUUUUUUGAAUUCACAAUCCAACAAAAAUUCUGUUUUAUUAUGUACAAUUUGUAUGAGUAUCCAUGCACAUGAGUACUAGAGGUCUCUUAAGGUCAUAGUACAACAAGCACUGACUACAGUCAUUGACCUUAUAAACACCCCAUCCUUUAUAAGGAACCCCUUAUCUGUCGGAGGUUUAUCUGGGUACUGUUUAGGUCCUGUGAAGGACCCAUUCCUAAUCAACAAGAGUUCUCAUGGGCCUUAACGGUCACCUGAGUCCUACAGUAUUUAUUUUUGUUGUUGAAAUAUGAAGUGGAGAUCAUGAUG